AUGGCCGACAACAUCCCGGCGACUCUCCGUCAGCGCCUGCGUGCCAUGACAUUCAGCGCCUCGGAGGCCCGCGAUGCAAUCAGAGGCGUCGCCGUCCCAGACACCCUCGGCCGUCGGGUGAUGCGUCUCUGCGUCAUUCGCGGCAUCCGUUACCACGAGGAGUUUGCCCAAAGUCGUGAGGCUCAGGCGCUACGCGCAUGGCCCGAGUUUGCACGCGCUCUGAAUGCGCGUGCCAUUAUGAGCAACAGUGUUCCAGACAUGGCGCGCGACGACGACGUUCCCUACUGCAUCUGGCACCCGGACACGGCCACAGAGGAUACCUAUCGCGAGCUUGUGCGACGAUACCCGCGCAUGGCCUACCAAGUCGCCCGUGCCUGCGCAGUGGCCGGAUACAGCGAGCUUUACCGGGAGCUGGAAGACGGGGGCAGCAUCCUGCCAGAUGUGGCCGUUGCCGAAGAGGCUAGGGCGUGUGGCAGCCAAGACAUCUACACGGCCAUUACGAGUCAGCCUGUCAGGUACCGUGUCAUGGAUGACUAUAGCAGAUCUAUUCUAGCGGACCCGCAGCCGUCUGGUCUUAACGGAGAUACUAGUAUACGACCUAUGCUAGAUGUGAAGCAAAAGUUUACCAUUCCUCGCGGCGAUGAGGACCGCGUUCUCUGUGCUGGCGAUUGCGACGGUGACGAAAAAGACUUUGAAGAUGGCAACGGAUCAGAUGACGAUUUCUUCAGCAUGAUUCCCGAGCCUGGCUUCAAGGAAACCAUGUUCAACAUCACCGAGGACAUGAACAUUGAUGAGUUUGCCACACCGGAGCCCGACGACGCCGCAGACCUCGCCAUGGCGGAAUACCUCGCUAAGCCGCUGCCGCCGGAUCUACCCAUGGGCAACAAGGACAUUUUAAUCCUCGCGGCAGCCUACACCGGUAACGUGGACCGAUAUGCCCGCCUGCGCCGGCCCCAAAUGGUUGACCAGGAAGCCGGCUGCGUCGUGCGCGGCAUCUACCACUGCCCUUUCUUCGCAACUUGGUGGGCAACCCAGGCGCUGCCUCAAUGGCCUUCCCGCCACGCCGCCUGGAUGGCCCAGGCCAUCCAUGCGCGGAUGAUUAUGAGCAACGAUCUUAGUCGGCUGACGCCCGAUGUGCCGCGAGACCACCUGCCCUACCUCAUCUGGUACCCGGCCGUCGCGCAGCCCAGUACCUACAAGGAAGUCGCGCGACGGUGUCCGACCAUGCGACCGGCCGUGCUGCGCGCCGCCAUUUACGCCAAGGACCGCGCGCUGUUUGACGAGCUGCUCGACGACGUGGAGCCAGACCCCUACCUGGUCGGUGAGGCGCGAGCGCACGACCACGACCACGACCACGACGAGGAUGGGGACGAGGUGCGGCCGUCGUACUUUACGAGACGCCUGCUGGCACGCGCAGAGAAGCUGGGAUUAGCGGAUGAGAUGGGUAAUGCGCGCAGCGACCGCUGGGGCGGUGCGGACUCGUGGAAGCGGUUCAGUGUGCGCAGUGGCGGCGGCGGACCUCACGGCAUGCCCGAGAGCGGCAACUGGCUCUUUGGCGGGCCGUCGAUUGUCGGCGCGGCGCAGGAUCCGGGCAUUUACAACGGUGUGUGGGCAGACGCCUCUAUAGCUGAGCUCUUUGCGUCUGCGCCGGAAUCGUGGCGGCCCAAGGACGGGGCGGGUGUGCAGAUUGACUACGAGCAGUGGCCACAAUGA